UCGGUCUGACUGUUCCUUUACUAGUUCACUCGUUGAGUUUGAUCUGUGAACAUCUCUCCUCUACUAGAAAAAAAAAAAAAAAAAAAACUACUAAAGAUAAAAAAAAAAUUCAAAUUACCAUUUAUAAAUUUUUGACAUACUGACAUAUUUCAUUGUGUUAUAUUAUUCAUAUAUUAUCAUUGUGUUAAUAAUUUAAAAAAAAUAGUGGAACAUUUUGUGCAAUUAAGUGAUUAAAACAAGAAAAAAAUAAACAAGUGUAUUUAAAAUAUUGAUUUAAUUUAUGAAAUGAUAUAUUGAAAUAUUUCAUUUGUAUAAUUAUAUUGAUAUAAAUAAAAAUUUUAAGAUGACUGUUACAAGAUUGACCCAGGUAACACCACCAUUAACAAGUCCAACUGCUGGUGAACAUGCACAAUCACCAGCAUCAUCACCAGCAAAAUUAUCAUCCCCAAGAGGAUUGAAUUUUUCAGUUGAAUCAAUAUUAGCACCAUCACAAAAAUUACAACGUGAUAUUGACUUAAAAUCAAUUUAUAGACUACCAACAGUAUGCCCGACUGAUUUAUCAAAUGAAAAUACAAAUCGUGUUCUAUCAAAUUAUUAUAAUACACAAGAAAAUCAACAUUACAUUGCAUCUCUAUCACCAGCAAGUGUUUGUGGUUCAACAACAUCAUCAUCUUCAUCAAAAAUUUAUGAAAAAAAUCAUUCAAUAACAAAUAUGAUAACUCCAACAUCACCAAAGCAAUCAACAUCAUUGUCAAGUGAAUACAAUGGCUCACAAUCACCUCGUAGUUCACACGAUGACAGAAGAUCAAGAUAUUCAGAACCGGAUAUUGAUGAUGAUGAUAUGGAUGAUGAUGAUAAUAAUGAUACAAAUAGUGUUGUUGAUGUUGAAGAUUUAGAACAUAUAAAUAUACCAUCAACAACAAAUUCAACACUAAUUAGACCACCAUUUGAUGCAUAUAUUGGUGCAUUUAAAAAUUUCGGUCCAUUGCCAAAUUUACAAGUUGGCCUUCCAGUAUGGAGUGAUGCCAGUUCACAUCACAGAGCAGCAGCCGCUGUUGCAGCUGCUGCAGCAAGCUAUUAUCCAUCAUCCUUCGCUCAUCACCCACAACUCAACGAUCAUAUUGAACCAGCUAGAAUUAAGUGUAAUCUUCGUAAACACAAGCCAAAUCGAAAACCAAGAACACCAUUUACAACACAACAGUUGUUGGCAUUAGAAAAAAAAUUCCGAGAAAGACAGUAUCUCAGUGUUGCUGAAAGAGCUGAAUUUUCAUCGUCUCUUCAUCUCACAGAAACUCAGGUCAAAAUAUGGUUUCAAAAUAGAAGAGCCAAGGCAAAGAGACUUCAUGAGGCAGAAAUUGAAAAAGCAAGAAUGUCUGCUGUACGACACCACAGUAGCUUUUUCAAUGCACAUCAUGGAUUAUUGGGAACAGGAUUAUAUCCUGUCAGUAUGUUGUCUCAUUCCACUGGUUUACCACCACCACCACAUCAUCAUUCGUUAUCAACUCAUCCACAGAGAGAAUAAAAAAUUAAGAGGCGAAAACAUAAAAAAAAAAAAACAAAAUGUUUUCAACACAUCUUUUAUUAUUAGCUACAUCUUAAUUUUUUUUUUUCUCUCAAUUCCAUCAUUCUUGUUAAAAAAAAUUUCAUCAUCGUCAUCAUCAUCAUCAGUCACUUCCGAUCGCAAAAAAAAAUAUAGAAACAAUGGCAAAGAAUAGAAAUAGAAAAAUGAAACUAAAAAAAAUCAACAAAAUAAUAAUUUGAAAAUUAAAAUUUUAAAAAAAAAAUCAGAAAAAAAAACGAUCGAAAAAAAUUAACGAUUUUUCUGAUGCCAAUAAACUUGUCUCAAUUGAAUAAAAAAAAAAAAUUAAAUUAAUAAAAUUAAAAAAAAAUAGAAAAAAAAAAAUAACGAUUUCUUAGAGGCCAAUAAAAUUGUCUCAAUUAAAUCAUGACACUAAAGCUAAAAAAUGAUAAAAAAUAAAAAUUUUAAUAACGGAAUAAAAAAAAAAAAAUAGAAAAGUUGAAUAUAUUUUUGAGCUGAAUGCUCAACGAAAUUGUCUCAAUAAUAUCAUCAAAAAUAAUAUUAAUUUUUUUUUAAUUUUUAUUUAAUUUAUAUAUAAAUCAGAUUUCUAUUAAUUUAAAAAAAAACUUCGUCCUCCAGCAAUGUCAAAUGAUAAUUUUUAAUUUUAAAUGCUAUUAUUAUUUUUUUCUUUUGUUAUAUAUUUUGUAAAAAGUGUACAAGUCAUUAGUAUAUAAAAAAAAAUUAGAUAAUAAGUUGUAUAAAAUAAAUUAUAAGUGUUAAAAUAAAAGAAAUAAAAAUAAAAAAAUAAAA